CCAUAUUGAUUUUCCAGUUUUCACACAAGCGCACAAGGUAUUACAAAAGUCAUCUGUUAAACGCUUUGCAUCCAGUCAGCCAAACAAGUCCAACGCGUGUGCACGUGUGUGCCAUCAUUUGUUUAUUUUUUUUAAAUCCAAGGAACCUCACUUGAUGAUAAAAUAAAAAUGGCCGCUGUCAAUGGAAAAGAUCUAACCGAACAACCGGUACCGCCAUCUUCCUUAAUACGCCGCGUCAGUUCGCGCUCGAUUCGAAAUUCAAUUUCGGAAGACAAAGAAAAUGGCGACGUUUGCGCGGGAAAGGGAUCAUUUGUAAGCAAGUAUAAGAAGACGCCAGAAGCGUUGAAGAAUUUCCACAUGAACGAUGCUGAGAGCGAAUUAGAAGUACCAGGGACACCAAUGACACCGAGGACCUCCACUACACCGGGCCAUGAGAACUGCACAUUCCAUCACGACCUGGAACUGGAUCAUAGACCACCAACCAGGGAAGCACUGCUACCUGACAUGGCUAACUCCUAUAGACUACUACUCACAGGCUUAGGCGAAGAUCCCGAGAGACAGGGCCUUCUGAAAACACCAGAACGUGCCGCUAAGGCGAUGUUGUUCUUUACCAAAGGAUACGAUCAAAGCCUUGAAGAGGUCCUAAACAAUGCCAUAUUUGACGAAGACACGGAUGAAAUGGUCGUGGUUAAGGAUAUAGAAAUGUUUUCAAUGUGCGAACAUCAUCUCGUCCCGUUCUACGGCAAGGUUUCCAUCGGUUACCUACCCCAAGGCAAGAUCCUUGGGCUCAGUAAGUUAGCCAGGAUCGUGGAGAUCUUCUCCCGCCGGCUGCAGGUGCAGGAGCGCCUCACGAAGCAGAUCGCGGUGGCCGUCACGCAGGCCGUGCGCCCCGCCGGCGUCGCCGUCGUCAUCGAGGGAGUACACAUGUGCAUGGUGAUGCGCGGUGUUCAGAAGAUCAACAGCAAGACGGUCACGUCGACAAUGCUGGGCGUCUUCCGCGACGACCCCAAGACCAGGGAGGAGUUCCUCAAUCUCGUGCACUCCAAGUGAGGAUCACACCGAUUAAUUGUUAUUUCAUGUUUUGCUCAUUCACUGUAAAUUAUUUUUACUUAAAGGAGUUUUUUUGUAUACGAAGGAGUUCUUUGCCUACUAUUCAUUUCUUCAUAACUAGAAUCGUUUUUCUUACUGAAGACUGUAACUUUACAGUGGCACUCUUAAAUAGUCUUGGGUUCGCAGUCACUUUCGUGAUGAACUCUUAAAUAACCCACAAAUCUAUUAUAUAAUUUAAAAAGUUAGUUUGUCCUAUAUGGGAUAAUAUCUCAACGAAUUUGUUUUAACGAUUUCGGAUCAAAAUUAGGUUUUUUUUUUUAAUAAUUUUUGUUAAACAUUAUAUUUCGACAAAAACAUGGGUUACAGUGACUUUUACAAUACUAAUACGGCUUCAAUGAAAAAAUAUCUAUUAUUAUAUUUUUUUUAUUUAUUUUGUUCGAAAUUUAAAAACAAUAGUUCUAAUUUCAAAGUUCCUUAGUUAACUUUCAUCCUAUAAAAUUAUAGAUUUUCAUAAGCGUUUGUGUUCAAAUUAUUUACAAAAAUUUACAAAUAUUGAUUACGAAUCAGCAAUAACUUAUAUUUAAAUUAAAUUAAGUUUUCUUUUUAAUUCAUAUUUUAAGUAUAUUAUAAUAAGUUUUUAAUAAUAAAAUGAAUCAGCAAAUGUUACCAGUUACAAUUAUAUGUUAACUGUUUUUACUAUAUUAUCAGAUUUCAAAUUGCUGUAAUAUAAAUACAAUAAAAAUAUUAGUUUUGUUUUUUCUGAUUCAUUUCUGAUACUUAAAUGAAUCAAAACUAAAUAAACUGAAUAUUAUUAUUAUGAGGUUUUGAUAAUGUUUUAUUUUAUUAUUAGUUGAGGAGUUAUUGAGUUACAAAUACGAAGAAAGAGUUGAGGAGUUCUAUGUAAAAGUUCUAAGAAUUUUUUUCAUUGUAUCCUAAUAUAAUAGGUGUUUUGCAUUUUGUUGAUUCAUUUUUUUAUGAUAAGUUAGUUUUGCGCUUUUCUUGUUUUUGUUCUUGCAAUGUUUUUUGUUGGAACAAAUUUUAAUUAAAAAAAAAAAGAAUACUUUGAUUCCCAUACACGCUUUAUUGAAUAUUUUGUAUAACACGCAUAUUUUUAUAUUUUUUGAUUUUCUAAGAGUUAUAUAAUGCGUGCCAAAAACUGUUUUGUAAAUAUUGUUUGUUUUUUUGUUAAUUGUAUAUUAAUAUAAAUAUUUGUUUUUAUUUUUAUCAUUUUUUUUUUCAAAUUAAACUGCCUUAAGUAAAAUCAUAUGCAUGUUUAACUUAGUUAAUUAUGUUAUUGAGAAAUAAAUUCCUUUUUUUUCUUUUAAUGUUGUUGACAAAUGAAUAUUUUUUGUGAGAUUUGAUGACAAAUUUCAUUGCCCAAAUAUCAUCGCUUCUCUCAAAAAAAAAAGUUCGUUAGUUUAAAAAUCGAAAACGAUGAGUACAAUAUUUUGUCUAUACGUGGACCAAUGUAAAAAUCUCAAGACGUAAAAUGGCUGACGCUUGACAUUUUUACGAUAUUUUUUUUUGAAUACAAUGUUGAUUCCAUGACGAUGCCUUAAAAAAUGUGAAUAUACGAAUUUUAUAUUUAAUAUUGUAAAGUGAGCAUUUGAUUUUUUAAAUAAAUUUUUUUAUUUAAGUUCAAA